UUUUUUCAGGUUCUCAGUGGUUCUCGUGUUCACUCAAUUUGGAUUACUAUUCCGAAACUCACAGACAUUUGUUGGGAGUCUGUUUUUCACUACUUGACGAGCUUGGUUUCAAUGUCUCAAGAACAAGUUGAAAAUCUCAGUAUUUCAUGAAAAUUUUUCCAAUCGAGAAUUAACUAAUAAGACAACGCCAAAGGAUGUGGGCAAAAUACCGGUUCUUGAUUCUUGAGGCAAAAUAGACAACAAUAAAAGUUUAUAUGUAUCUUGGGUUAUUCUCCUACCUCAGUCACUCUCACCCGUUGGUGCUUGUUGGUUUAAACAGCCCAACAGAAGAACAAGCUCUGACUUUACUGUAGGCAGUUCGGCUCGUGUGACCCCGUGAAAAAGUACCAGGAAAUAUCAUGCAGCUUAAUUUUUUAUUUUUACUUGCCGGUACGCUCAUCUGGCAAUCUACCGAUGCACAUCCAGCAAGCUAUGAUCAGCGUCAAACGGGUGAUCUCAACGUUCAACUCGGCUUUAAGGACAUCCAGGUCGUUGCGCUUAUGGACACAGACCUUUUUGGUGAUUAUGUGGAUUUUAAUUACUCUUAUGACUACGCUGAUUUUACAAUAAAACCAGCCUCCAAGCCUACGACUACUGCAGGUCCUACAAGUUCAGUUGAACCUUGGCAUACUUGGCCAACAAUUCCACCAUCAUCUUCAACUACUUUGUCAUCAUCUUCAUCAUCAUCCUUACCAUCAUCUUCUUCUUUUGAACCAGAUGCUAUUUCUUCUUCUUCUUCUUCUUCAACAAUAACAACGCCAACAAUAUCUUCAAUAACUUCAAACGAUUAUUUAGAAACUGAAAAAAUAACUUCUUCAACUGAAACAAAUAAAAAUUCUUCAAAAAUAAACCGCCGAGAUUCUCUUUCAAAAUUUGACUGUCCUUCAGGGUAUAGUUCAGAUGCAAAAGGACGUUGCCGUAAAAUAAUUCGGAGGCGUUUAUCAUUUUUGCCCAGAUUAAUGAAACUAGGGCCAAAAAAAGAAGGAACAAGCAAAGAUUUGCGCGCAGCAUCUUAGGUAUCUAAAACACAAUAAUUUUUAUCAACAUAGCAUCCAAA